CUGAGCGAUUCAAGAUUCUUACUGCGUGACGUGGCAUGUCUUCAUUAAAAGUCAUAAAGAAUCGUAUAAAAUCCGUGGAGAACACGAAAAAAAUCUCCAGAACGAUGAGAUUAGUAUCAGCAGCGAAGUAUGUAAAAGCGGAACGUGACCUAUCAUGUGCCAGAACUCUUGGCACUAGUCCUCAGUACUUUUUUGAGGCUGCAGGUCUCAAAGUAGACCUUCAACCAAAAUCCAGGUUAGUCCUAGCUGUAAGUGGAGACCGAGGGCUUUGCGGAGCUAUUCAUUCGGGUAUUGCAAAGGCUGUUCACAUGUCAGUCGAGACCUUGAAGCUGACUACAAGUGCUCCGAUAAAUUUAAUUUGUAUCGGAGAGAAGUCAAGAGUCAUUUUAGCCCGUUUUUAUGCCAAAAAAAUGCUUUGGACUGCCUCGGAAAUCGGAAAGAAACCGUCGACGUUCAUUGAUGCAUGUCGAAUAGCCCAGAGAAUUUUUAAAUCCUUGGAGGAUCACACAUUUUCACAAAUACAAGUUUAUUACAACAAAUUUAUCAACCCAAAUGUCUCCAUCGUCUCCACCAUCGACCUUUUCGACCGUCUGUCAAUUAUAUCAGCCCCAAAAUUCGUUCUCUACGAUGGUCUGGAUGAUAAUACUGUGGACUGUUGGGUCGAGUUCACGUUUGCAACGAUCAUAUACUUAGUCCUGAAAGAAUCAUCAGUGGCUGAGCACGCAGCACGCAUGACUGCAAUGGACAAUGCUACUAAAAACGCUUCCGAGAUGAUAAAAAAAUUGCAACUGAAAUUCAAUAGGACGAGACAGGCUGCUAUUACUGCAGAACUUAAUGAAAUCAUUUCUGGCGCUAGUGCGAUCCGGUAAUGGAUAAAUUCAUUAUAAAAAAUAUUAUUGAGGAAACAUUGAGUUCGGCAUUUGAAAACCAACAUAAACAAUUCUUUUGAUUUAGGAUAAUUAUUUCAUUGAGGAGGGUUGGAUUCUUAUUAGGUAAUUGAUGAUAAAUAAUUGAUAAACAUUGUUUGAAACUAGUUAUUUUUAGAAUAACAUUAUAAGACACGUGUAUUUCUUAAAGCUCUCUCAUAAUGACGUACAAUUUGCGUUUUUUAAUUGAGUCUUUAGCAAAUUCAUGGAAUUACUAUGCAAUUUCUUUUUCUUUUUUUUUGGUUUGAGGAUUUUUGCCGUAUUAAAAAAAAUAUUUACAGUAAUUAAUGAACUUUAGGCACGAAUAAUCCUGCUGCUUACAUAGAUAUUUGGCCGUAGAUUUUUUUCUGAUUUUGAAUUCAAAAUGUGCAAUUACAUACAAUUUCGCAAUAUGUGGAAGUGGACGAGCUCGGAUGAAUUACGGUGUAAAGUAAUUGAUUUCGAAAAUAGGUUCAACGGAUUUUAAACAUAAAACAAUCCAGUGAUUUUAGGAAAUAACAUUACAUUGUCUCCUAGCUUUUUAAAUGAUCGCAACAAAAAUGAGCAAGUUACACAAGUAUGAGUUUCAUUCAUUACGAAUAUUUUAUCAGUGAAUAUAAAAUGCCCAGUCCCUGAAGAAAGUGUAAGCCUUUUUUUUAAACCUAUUCUUAGUAUUGUUAUUUCGACCAAUUAGUGAUGUAUUCAAUGCCGUAAAGUAGUUCUUGAGUAAAACUAAACUAAUUAUUUUCGCUUUUUGAAUUUCAAUCAAUUGUUCCACUUAAUUAAGAAAAGAUCCGUAAAGGGCGUGCAUAGAAAUGAGAAUGCCAUGUUCCACGCGAAAAUCCCUUGCCAAAGCUAAGGAUUUUUAAUUCUUUGGAAUUUGACAUAUUUCACACAUCACAUGAUUUUCAAAAAAUAUUAGAUUAUUUUGAAAUCCUUGUCAAAUAGGAAAUGUAGUACUUGCAUUCUUCUAACAUAAAAGACUGAUAUCCGUUUUCCUAGAUCUAAAUGCCAAAAGUAAGGCGCAGAAUACGUGUACACUUGGGAAAUCAAUUGUAAUUGUGAUUUCAAGCCUUCUUGCGAAAGUAAAAGUGUGCCAAGUUACAAAAAAA